AAUGACCAUCCCUGGCCCAGUGCCUGGCCUGGGGGCCAGUGUGAGGUCCAUUGUUUGAGGCUGGAGCUGGGGGGCCCAGGGCCCUGGGAAGCCCCCGGCAAGGCCCUUUGUCCCACUUCCUACAGAUCCAGAGGCCCGGCGAGGCCCUGGUGAGCAGACGCGGCAGAGGUGGUAGCCCCGCAGGAUGAAGGCGCUGGCGGCCGUCCUGCUGGCCCUGCUGUGGUGCGGGCAGCAAGGGAGAGGGCGGGCGCAGGAGGACGAGGAUGACGACCCGGACGCCGGGCGCGAAGGCUACGACGAUGAGGAGGACGAGGAGGAAGAGGAGGCAGGCGCGCCUGCAGGCAGCAGGGACUCAGCUGAGCCCACCCGGCCCCCCAGGGCCACAGUGCUACGCGUGCCAGUCCCUGCACAAGGGGGAGAGCUGCCGGCAGGUGCAGAGCUGCGUGCUCCCGAGGACGUGCAAAGCCAUUGUCUCCUCCUGGAACGCUGGACUGUGGAAGGAUCCCUGACGACCAUAUCCUGCUGCCAGUCCAGCCUGUGCAACACCCCACCCUGGCAGGACCCCCAGGGGAGAGGGGCAGGCGGCCCCCGGGGGAGCCUUGCAACUGUGGCCGCCACCCUCCUGCUCAGCCUUCUGGCCGGCCUUCAGGCAAUGGCGCUCUGAGUGGGGCGGUCCCUCCUCCUGCCCAGCCUGGCUUGCACCCUGGCUGGCCAGCACUCCGUCCGCUGUCUCCUGUCCCCUCCCCCGGACCAUGGAGAAUAAACUGGAAGCACCUGUGAUGA